CGCCCCAAACUACGGGAUAAAAAACACACUGGCUGUUGCUACACCCUACCGUGGCUGAAUCUAUCGGGAUUUAAAUGCUGAUACACGUUGCUCCUGCUCCACAAGACACAACCCCUUAAGAGUUCGCGUUUAAAUGUGUUUUCCUCACGCUGAAGAUAUUUCUUCCACCGUGGCAGGAAUCCCACAAAACGAAAACGGCUGUCGUUGGACAUGAACGACUUGCCGGAGAAGCCAUCAGUGUUUCUGCAAGGGGUAGCUAACCAGAAACCACGAUUUUAAGGCCGCUCUGUCGCCCGUGUAGUUCGCGGCUAUUUUGACAUCGCAGUACGGUGUUAUAACAAAGACAGUCGCACAAAGGCCGUGAUUUCCCUCUCCUCUUGGCCAUGCGAGGAGCUCGGAUAUUCGUAGAAGAAUGUUUCGCUUUCUCUCGGCGUUAGCUCAGCCGCGCCUCCAUGGCCAACAGUAACAACAUGCUCCUGGCUUCCGCCGUGGUGGUGUGGGAAUGGCUGAACGAACACGGCCGGUGGCGGCCCUACAGCCCCGCCGUCUCCCACCAAAUAGAGGCGGCCAUUCGGAGCAGCGACCCCCGUGGAGGGAGCGUAGUCCUCGGCCAGGUGGACAGCCGACUCUCGCCAUACAUCAUAGAUCUCCAGUCCAUGCACCAGUUCAGACAGGACACAGGAACCAUCCGUCCGGUGCGGAGGAGUUUUUAUGACCCAGCCUCAGCCCCAGGUCAGGGUUGGCAGUGGGAGUGGGAAAACGAUGCAGGUACAUGGACGCCCUAUGACAUGGAGGUGGCCAUUGCCAUUGAGAAUGCCCACAACCGCCAGCAACCCUGCCUCGACCUGACACCACUUGGCUUCUGCUACCUCAUUGAUUUUCAGAACAUGACACAGGUGAACAGACAGAGCCAGAGGUGUCGGAGGAUCCAGAGGCAUGCUGAUAUGGCCUACCCAUUAGUGUCUGGUCCUCUCCCUGUACCCAAAGGUGGAGGUGUAGGAGCAGGUGGAGGGUUGACAGGAGCCUUUCUGGGUGUUGGAGUGUCUGGAGCUAGCAUGGGGAUUGGAAGCUCUGUCUACCCUAAUGGAGGCAUAACAGCUACUGGACUGGGCCAGCCAUGUUCCUGCCAGCAGUGCAUGCUGGUCCUUAGUGUGAAGACCAAUACAGGCGGAGCAGGGGGAGGAGCAGCAGGGAUACAGACUCUAAGUAGACGCUCACUAACCAUGCAGCGGCCCAAGAACUCAGCACCCAUUGCCUCCAAACCUCUAAGUCCAUCUAAAUCAGCCACUCUGGGACGAGGACAGCAGCAGAACUCCAACUCCAACUCCAACUACUAUCAGACGCUGCCACACGGCCUCGCUAUCUCCAAAAACACUGCCUCUCCGAGAAGGAAUGCCCAGCUCUUUGCUCAGUCGCUGGCUGCCCUCACAGCUGGUACGUCUUCUCUGGGUAUCUCCUCGUCUUCCAACCGGCCACCUCCACCAUCCCUCCCACCUCCACAACCUCCAUCAUCUAACCCGAAUCUGAACCCGCCGUCCAUUCCAGCCAAGCACUCCUCAUCUUCAGCCAACGAAUCAGUGCCAACUGCCACGUUAAUUACCCCUGCCAGCAGUGUGACCACGCCCCCUUCUCCUGUGCCAUCUCCGUCGCCGGUGGUGAUGAAGCCACAACGCACGCCAUCGUCCGCUGCAUCAUCAGUGUGCCAUGCCCCGUUGCCACAGAGAUCAAGCCUAGCUGGGCUGAGCAGACCAGCAUUACAGAGAAUUGCAAUGGCCCAGUCCAGAGCGCUUAUAGCAUCAGGUGUUCCCACCGUCCCAGUGAAGAACCUCAAUGGAUCCAGUCCUGUUCACCCUGCACUGGCUGGGAUCACAGGAAUCCUGAUGAGUGCCGCCGCUCUGCCCGUGUGUCUAACUAGGCCUCCUAAACUCGUGCUGCACCCUCCGCCUGUUAGCAAAAGUGACAUCAAACCAGUGCCAGGAUUUGGCCACUGUUGCAGGAAGACCACUAAGAAACAAGUUCGCAAGGGUAAAACUCCAGAGGAGGUGGUAAAGAAAUACCUACAGAAAGUUAAAAGUCCACCAGAGGAGGACUGUACCAUCUGUAUGGAGCCAUUGGGGGGUCCAUCUGGAUACAAAGGUCCAGGGGUAGGGCCUGUUUCUAGGGCAGAGUCAGUUGGGCGACUAGCACAGUGUGGACACCAGUACCAUUUCCAGUGUCUGGUGGCCAUGUAUAACAAUGGCAACAAGGACGGCAGUCUUCAGUGUCCCACUUGUAAAACCAUCUAUGGCGUAAAGACAGGCAACCAACCGGCAGGGAAGAUGGAAUACCACGUCAUCCCUCAUUCUCUACCAGGGCACCCUGACUGCAAAACCAUACGCAUCAUCUACAACAUACCACCAGGCAUUCAGGGACUAGAGCAUCCAAACCCAGGGAAGCCCUUCACUGCCAGAGGCUUUCCCCGACACUGCUACCUCCCAGACAGCGACAAAGGACGCAAGGUGCUGAGACUGCUCCUAGUAGCGUGGGACCGCAGGUUGAUCUUUUCAGUUGGUACUUCGAGCACUACGGGAGAAUCUGACACUGUCAUCUGGAAUGAGGUCCACCAUAAGACAGAGUUUGGCUCCAACCUGACGGGCCACGGCUUCCCCGACCCUGGACACCUCGACAACGUUCUGGAAGAGCUUCGAGCUCAGGGCAUCACAGAGGAUGAUGGACUGAUGGAAAAGUGAAAGGAUCAAAGACCAGCAGAGAAAGAGGAGACAUCAGCGAGAGCAGUGGAGAGUGGAAGGGUGAAUAAGAAGUAAAGGAAGAGAAGUGGACCUAACCAUGAAAAUAACAGAAGUAGAAGGAGGAACAUAGGAGGUCCUGGACUGAAAGGGACUCUCUCUGCCAGCACUUAUAAGGGGUGCAAGGGGACUUUUCGGGAUAUAGAAGAUACUGAUUUUGUUUUGCAGAGGUAACCACUUUUCAAGAUACUGAUUCAAUCACUGCUGGGUUCGCCUGUUAAUGCAAGUUUGUCCAGACAUCACCGUUUUCAAGCAAGCACAUCAACAAAAGUGGGGCUUUGAGGAAGCAGCACUACAGAAAGAAAAGCAAUGCAAAAGAAGAGGAGGAUAAGAAAGUAGGAGGAGAAAUGAUGGCACUCGUGGUUUCAGCUACUAAACAGCUAGGUACUAAAUGUCGAAAAGUGAGAAUGAAUUGGUACUAAUAUUUAGGACAAAAACAAGUUUACUUUACUGAGAGUAAGGGUAACAUAAAAAGAUGGUAAAAUGUUAGAGCAGCUCAAUAAAAACUGGGAGUGGAAGGACAAAGAGGAAGACGUUGGAGCAGUGGGAGAGGUUACUGGAGGGAGGGGAACAGGAAUAAUAUAGCAGAAAGAGAGAGAUGGUGAAUGAACGUAGCUUAGGAUAGGAGUAGAGUAAAAUUAACUUGUACGGUACUGUUCAGGUACUUAUGCUAUCAGUGAAAACACAACGAACAAAGAGUGAUGGAAGGACAGAAAAACUGCUUGCUUUGUUCAAACCAGCUGCCUGUGUGUGGUUGAAGAUUAGUGCUGUUGCUCCCUCUUGUGGUUUCUUUGAUGAACUACACCUCAGACUGCAAGCUACUGGAACAAAUCAAAAUGUUACCUUUGAGUUAUCCUCCUGUGUUACUUUUUGUCAUUACUAUAAUCCUCAUUUAAUGUCAUUCCAUACUUUACCUCUUACUUUUGACUUGAUAGGUGUAUAUGACCUAGGCUCUGUAUGUUGAAUGACAAAAGACCAAACCCAGGCCUUGUCAUUUGGGCCUCUUUGGAGUCUUACUAUUUACCCACUGUGGUAUAAGUUAACCUUAGAUACACAGGUACCAGUAUUUACAUAUAUAUCUUUAUUUUAUUUUAUACCCUUUAAUGGUUCCCAUGGUUUCAAUGGAUGUAGAUGCUGUUGUAUCCUAUCAGCAAUGCAACACUAGUGAGAAAAAGUGAGAAUGUGAUUAAAAAUCUGAUUAAGAUGUGCAUAUUGAGGGAUUAGCUAUAAUUAAGUAUUGAGGAUUUACGUUAAGGCCUCAGUGUUAUGUUGUAGUUGAACAAGCUUCACCGCCUGUGCUAAAACCCAAGACCAAUGAACCAAGCAGCUGGGACUAGUCUUACAGAGAGAAAGCCCCUCAGACUGAACAGAGCGUUGAAAGGCUGGGGAGUGUGGAGAGGACAAGAGAGGUAGAGCUGAAGGUCAGAGGUCAUGUCCUGGUCUGCACAAACACAGUGCUACUAAAGAGAAAAACACCCUCAAAUUUCAAAUCAAACUUGAUCCUGUGUGGUAGAGUGUCAAAACUUGUUAGUGGAUAUUAAUAAAUGAUUUGGGCAGAAAUUCCAGGACACUGGAAUUGCAACACCAUUUACUAUUAAAUUGUCACCCUCAAAAAUUAAGGCCUACCAGUAGACAAGGACUUUAGCGCAAGUGAAACUGAAGCAAAAUCUGUGAUUAAACAGACAGUUUUGAAGGUCCCAUAUUUGCCUACACAUGCUUUUAUAUCCCUCUCUCUAUGUGUAAUCAAGACAUUUAAUGGAGACUCAGAAUUCUCUUUCAGAUACUUGAGGACUUGAAAUUUAUCACCUUAAGAGUCAAUAGAGGCCCUGUUCAUACCCGCAGCUUGGAUAAUCUGAUCACAAGUGCACAGCUCAAGGUACAGGUAUAAAUGCACCCAAGACACAUUGAGAACACAUUGACACUCAAUGAGAUCUGAUCUGAGAUCUUCCUACUUAACUGAUGUAGUCUGCAUCAGUGGUACUCAUUCAUCUGGUCCUCACAUCAUGUAAGCUGGCUUUGACCACAACAUCUGAAAAUUUCAAAAAGCGAGCAUCAAUAUAUUUGACGACUGUGUCAAACAUCUUGGCCAAUUUGGUUUGCCUGUAACACGACAGUGAAGAACAUUGCUGUCUCUUGCUGGUUAAAAACAACUGUGUUCUAUUGAACACAUGAAAGAAAACUAAACCAAAAACAAGAAGAACAUCACAUUUGGUCCUUACAAAUGUGAAUGAUGUAUGUGUUCGUUUAAAUAGAGAGUACUUAGAGCUGUCUACUAGUGAUCUGAUUACCCAAGAUGCAUAGAGCUAGACACUUGGCUAGAGUUGCCAAGUGGGAGCAGUUAUUUGAGCUGCCCCUGGUCUAUGAAUCCCAUUUAUUUUUCCCAUAGACAGAGUUACGUGACUUGCUAUUCUAUGGCUUCGAUUGGCAUAAAAUUUUCUACAUUAUAUCAUCACUGCAAAAAAAUUAGAGAAGCUUGUGGACAUAAAAACAAGAUGUACUCCCAUGGUACGAUUUGGCAAGAAAAAUAUAAUCACUGAGCUUAUAUUCCAACACAUAAGCUAAUAACAGCAGGUAAGAAUUAAAGAGGACGGUAUUGAUAAAACUGAAAACAUAAUCUACAUCUUAAAUCUGUUCACAUUUAGAAUCUUGUUUAAUUGUGGGUGGAUUCUGCAACUAUGCUGCCAUGUUUUGUUCUCAUCUGUAAAGACAAAACCACCACCAACUCUCACUGGCCACUUCUCCAUGGCAAUGGCAGCCGAGGCCCCUGAGUGUCAUAGUAUAUAGACAUGUCUGCCAUGCUAAAUGAUGGGCAACACAUGAUUUCUCCAAAAUGAGCUGAAAUAAUUAAAACUGGUUGCCAAAACAAAAACCUAUAUGAUUACUCCUGAUUGGUUGCCAUGGCUAAAAAGAUCUGAAAAGGGAGGCUGUGGAUUUAACUCCUGUUUUCAGUAUAGCGAGUAUAGUGAGCGUGUUCGUCCAAUCUGGACGUUUAAUUCCUUUAGAUAAAUUGUCCUGUUUCACAAUAUGGGGCCUUUAAUCUGACUAAUCACUAAGGUGACCAGUAUUCUUACCUCAGCAACAUCUGUAACACCUCUCUUUUUCUUAUCUCCACAUCCACCGACUGAUAACACGCUGCCCAGUCGGUUGGGUCUGCAAAUGACCACUUAUCACAGUGUUAUGACACAUGUGUGUCUGUGUGUGUGCUUGAGUACUUCUAUUUUUGUGAGGACCAGUUUUGAGUUUUAUGGGGACAUUUUGGCCACUCCUCACAUGUUUAAAGGACUGUUUGAGGGUUAAGACUUGGUUUCAGGGUUCAGGUUAGGGUUAGGAUAAGGGGCUAGGUAUUAUGUCAAUGAGGGUCCUCACAAAGAUAGAAGUACAAGUGUGUGUGUGUGUGUGUGUAUUUGUGGGAAAGAGAAUCUGUUUACUGUGUAUACUACCAACAUGCUCCCAGUUUAGGGUAUUAUUCGGGUCCUCUGUGGAAAUCACAUCAUCCCUUUAACUCUGGUGAUGAUUGAUGAUGGUACUCCUGGUACGAUAGCUUCUUGAUUGCUUUUUAUUAUGAAAUGUAGUUACACUUAUAGGUUUUUCUUGACAUUAUUAUAGAGUAAUUUACCCAUAUUUCCUUUUGUACAUUUAUGUUGUAGUAAUUAUACCUUUUUUCCAUUUGGUACAGUUGGUUUACAAAGACAGUAUUGUUAAAUACAGCGUCUUUUUUUCAUUGUGUACAGAAGUUAAGCUAAUUUUAAGCUGAGCUCAUCUUUUCUUUGGAAAAGGAAUUUGAUGGUAGACUUUUAUCUGAGUGUGUAAUGUAAUACAUUUUAAUAGCAAGUCAAAGUCCUUUUACGCUUGCUCUUCUGUGAGGCAAACAAUACUUUUUUUUUUACAUAUUGUCUGUCCCACUACUGGUCUGCUACUGAUCUAAUCCUGAUCUGCACUGAGCCUUUAUCCACCUAAUGCAGCUCUCAACAUUUGUGACCCUGGCCUCAUGUCCACCCCUCUUUCAGCAGCAGAACUGUUCAAGUGCAAAUGACAUUGCUGGCUCUGUUGGCACAGUGACUUGGGAAAACACUGAAACAUUUUGUGUAAUCACUAAGUCACUUAUAGUGAUUUCAUUUUGUUUUUGUGUUAUUAAAAGAAAGGAUUUGAUUUUAAACAGUAAAUAAGAAAUUGAAUUAAAAGUCAUAACUCGAUUCAUUACCGUUUCUCUCAACGUGCUCUGUCGAAUGAACUGUGUCUGAUUUGACCAUGAUUUUGUUACUGUGGGGUUAAAAGGUGUUGUAGUUCCUCUGUGACAGACCUUCCUCCUGGUGGACACAUUAUCAUGAUUGUCUUUGGAGGAGAAGAAUGUUGGCUGAUUUAAAGGCUCUGAUCCAUGGUGUGCAGUGUCUGAAGCCAUGUGAACAAUGUAGCAAACAGCUAUGACCAGUAAAUCACCAUUUCAGUUUUUCCCUUCUUUCAAUGUGUUUUUUCCAUCAUUGUUUCCCAUCCAUGCUGAAAGCAGUAUCUCCUCCAACUGUCUGUGGAUAAGAGCCUUCCUUGACAUGGUUUUCUUACCUAUGAGGGGAGGGUGGGAAAGAGAUGAUCAUAGGUGCUGGUAUGGGAGAGAGAGAGCAUCAAAACCUAUGAUAAGAAAAGCAAAGUGUAAAUAUUGCAAAAUAAAUGCUGGAGUAUGAAUGAUUAAUACAAGAAAAAAAAUAAAGAGUGAAUGAAACUUA